CAGCUAGCAACUUAGCAGCUAACAGCUGCUAACUUGCUCUUUUUAUAUUUUUAACUUUAAAGUAUUUCGAUUUUAGAAGCAUAUGUGACAUAUCUCUUUAUCUCUUUCUUGAAGCUUCUCUUUAUUGUGUUCAUUGACAUUCGUCUGCCAUGUCUCAAGAUGUCGAGGAGUAUUCUGAUGAUUCCGUUUCUGCCGGAUAUUGCGAUAAUGACGAGUCGGGCUUGCCAUCAAAUGAUGACGAUUCCUUGGCUGUUGGAAAUCAAAACCAGAAGGACGAAGUAUCAGAAAAAACGAGGAUGGAAGCAGCUAUACGCGCUUGUAACAGUGGAGUGCCAUUGACAAGGGCCGCACGACAGUUUGGGGUGGCAAGGGCCACGUUAUUUUACAAGCUGCGAGGGGAACACUCCGGUGUUCGUGGAGCUCAGUCUAGGAAGUUUUCGGAUUCAGAAGAGGAUCAUUUUGCGGAAGUGCUUGUGAAUAUGGCGAAGAUUGGGGUUCCCUUGGACAAGGCAAUCUUCCGAAAAGUGGUGGAAAUAGCUGCGAUAAAGAAAGGCUUUGCAAAAGAAAAAGCGAACAUGUCGUCCGCCUGGCAUCGGUUAUUCCUACGGCGGCAUCCUGAAAUUCACCUAAGAAGCACAAAAGGAAAACAUCCGAGGGAAGUGAAAAAUGGAAAGAUCAGAAAAUGGACCGUGGAGCGCUGCACAAAAUGGGUGACGACGCUCAGUGAACUGCACGCGUACGGAUAUCUCUCCGAUUCCCGGGGACUCUUCAGUUUGGACGAAUGCGUUUUCAUGCUGCCAGAAAACACCGAAAACGCAUGUACUCCACGGAGCGAAGAAGAGGAUCUCUCCCUAGUUGAUGGCGCGCAUCAGGGAAUGGUGACGGCGCUGUUCUGUGGAAGAGCGGACGGAUUAGUUUUGCGGCCACUGUUAAUAUUUCCUGACGUCCAGCACCUGCCUUCGCAGAUCGCCGGAACCGCGGACCGCUGCUACAUCGCUUCCACCGAGUCCGGAGGAAUGGACCCGGAAACGUUUGCUGACUAUGUUCGCGCGGAAGUCUUUCCCAAUCUGCAAGCGCAAAAGAAUGUUAUUUUUGUCGGUGGGCAUUUUUCCUACCUCAACAAUCUCGAGUUCCUUCUGGAGUGCGCGGCUAGUGAUAAGGACAUCAAAGUAGUGCGUUUUCCAGUGCGCCUUCUAACUCAGCUGCUUCCCGUCGAUGUUAGGGCGUUUGAACCGGUUGAAGAACGCUGUCGAGACUACCUGUGUUCUGCAGCAGUUGACCAUGAGCAGAGUUUCGCCCUUCAGCUUGUGGAAACGCUGCCUCAAUUUAAUCUGGAAAACAGCUUGAUUUCUGAGUUUCGGCAAGCGGGUAUUUUCCCUUUUGAGCCGAGUGAAAUUUGCAAAUCGCUGGAUGCAAAAGAAACAGCACCGGAGCGCACUGCUCCUUCUGCUGAGGAAUUGUUUAGCAGACAAUUCGCAGCUGUCGAGGAGAAUUUGAACGCGAUUUGUACUCUCGCUCCGGCAGAUGUACAAGAAGCUAUGGAAUUGCUCCGAACGAAAGUCGCUGCCAGUGUUUCAACGGAGCAUGUUGCAGAAACCACAGCGAAUGUCGAAGAUGUUUUACUUGUAUCUCCAAAAAGACCGCCAAAGAACACCUCCAAGAGAACACGGAAAGCAGUGGAGGAAACUGGUGGCUCUCAGAAAAAGAAGCGAUUGAGAAGGUGAUUAGAGCGCGUGGUCAAUGUUUUUGCUGGAAUAAGUGUCGUCUUGAUUGAGCGAGUUUAACCAGCGCAGUACUCCCGAUAACUUUUCGUCCGGUUUACUUGAGACGAAAUCUCCGAUACUGCAGUAAUGUGGGGCUUCUGCGUAUGAACAGUUUGGAACCGUUUCGAAAAUUUACAGUACUUUGUACUGACUGUACAGUAGUACGAAAAUAAUUAUUGAUACUUUUCGGUAUGCUACACUGUUGUUGGGAAAUUGAGACGUCAGUUGUGAUCAUAACCGGUUUGCGGGUUACUUGUACAAACGCAACCGCUGGAAAGGAUCAAAACGAUAAACUGCUUUUUUUGUGGAAGUUACUGUGUCGUUCGACGUUAUGGUCCACAUGCCGUUUUGUAAUUCAGCUGUGUUUUUGUCACUGUGUUUAUGCAACGAGGUCUUUUCUACUGUAUGUACUUCUGGAGCAGCUUUUGAUAUGCACAAA